CUCGAAACGCAGAUUAGGGUUAGGUCUCGUCCUCCUCCGAUCAUUCUCCUGCGCGAUCGAUCUCGUCGAACUCCUCCUCCUCCUCCUCCUCCUCCUACACGCCACUAUUCUCCUACGCCUCCUCGCGAUCGAUCUCGCCCCUCCCUCGGCUCCGCCGCCUCUCCCUUCUCUUCCCUUUUUUUCCCUUUUUUUGUGAUUUUUUUUGGUGGAAGUUGAGCUCAAUCCGAGUGUUUGUGUUAGAUCAGUCUCUGCUUGUUCGUGGAGGAGCCAACGAUCAGUUAUCAGACACUGAAGUGGAGAAUGAAUCUACAGCAAGCUGGACCUCCUAGAACUUCUGUAAAUGGUUUUGGUCGCAGAACAGUUGAAACUGGAGGUAGAGUUGAGAGCAAGACUCAUCCAACGAAAGCUGCAUCCAGCAGCUUUGGCAAUGCAGGUUUAGGGAAUGGUGGCAAAGCCGGAGGACAUACAAGUCCUUUACGCGACCGACUUAUAUUUGUGACGACACAUCUCAUCGGCCAGCGUGUGGAAGUGCAUGUGAAAAAUGGAUCUGUGAUCUCUGGAAUCUUUUAUGCAACAAAUGCCGACAAAGAUUUUGGUGUUGUCCUGAAAAUGGCUCACUUAAUCAAGGAUGGUUCUGUCAGAGGGCAGAAGCCUAGUCCCGAUUUUGUUAAAAAGCCAGAGACCUUGAUCAUACCAGCUAGAGAAUUCGUCCAAGUUGUUGCUAAGGACGUAGUUUUUAGUACUGAUGAAUUCACAAAUCAGCAUGGUCGUGACAAGCGCAAAGACUUCAUGAUAGACUCUGUCAUUUCUCAUUCUCAUCACAUGCAAGAGAGGGAACUUGAACGGUGGACCCCAGAUGAGGAUGCUCCAGAGCGUCCCGAACUGGAGAACAUAUUUGAUGGGACGUGGAAUCGAAACUGGGAUCAGUUUGAAACAAAUGCAGCCUUAUUUGGAGUAAAGAGUACUUUUGAUGAGGAACUUUAUACGACCAAGCUGGAGAAAGGUCCUCAAACAAGACAGCUUGAAAUGGAAGCUUCUAGAUUAGCUAGAGAAAUAGAGGGUGAAGAAACAGAAGACCUUCAUCUAGCAGAGGAAAGAGGGGUUUAUUUUGACGGAGAUUUUGACCUUGAUGAAGAGAUAAAAUAUUCGGCAGUGCGCAGAGAUAUAAAUAAUGACAGAUUUCAAGAAAAUGAGGAGUCACAUAUGAGUGAUAGCAGUCUUGGUUCUGCAGUUACUGGGUCUUAUUUGGACUCAUUUAGUGCGAAGGUUAAUAAUGAAGGCCAGGAAUCAUCUACCUGUACUUCAGUGGAUGAGGAACCAUCUUCUCAGUUACCUUCUGAUAAGGAUACAUCUCACAUUGAUACACCUGUUCAGAGCAAUCAGCUACCAACUGAAUGCAUAGCAAUGAAGUCCCUAUCUGUGGAUGAGGAGAGCAGGCUGCUCGAAAAGCAGGUCAAAGAUGAUGGCGGUGAAAAGCAUGUCGCUAAUGUGCAUAUGCAGUUUUCGGAAGGUCGUGAUCCAUCAGUUUCUGAAGUGGUUCUCGGAUCAGAUUCCAAGGGUUUGCCUUCUAGUGCAGCUGCGCAUUUUCCUUCAUCGUCUAGUCAUGGAAAUAGUACUGUGGCUUCUGAAAAUUCAAAUCCUGCUGUAUCUGGCAAAUUGCCUCCUGCAGCUGAACCAGUGAACACUAUACGACCCAGUAGUUCUACAUCAUCUACUUCUGAACGUGGCGGUUCAGUUGGUACUACUGGUCUGUCGCCGAGCUCUUCAAUGGGAUCUCUAUCUUCAGAAAGAUCAACAUUGAACCCCAAUGCUAAGGAGUUCAAGCUGAAUCCCAAUGCUAAGAGUUUCACUCCGUCGCCUUCUUUGAGGCCUCAUGCACCUGUACCUGAUGGAUCUUUCUAUUAUGCUAGUAACUUUUCGGCUGUUCAACCUAUGCCUAGCCUACCUGUCGGCAUGGGGAUUGGACCGCCCUUUGGUGGGCAACAGCCGGUUGUUUAUAAUCCACAAGCUGCGCAAUUGCAAUCUCCCCAGGCGUAUAUCCAGCCUAGUGGGCCCAUGUACGGGCAGCAGAUGAUUCUCGGGCAGCCUCGGCCAGUUUAUUAUGUGCCAAACUAUAUGCCUGAGACGCCGUACAGAGGGAGAAAUUUUUAGGCAAGUAACUCUCUUGCGCUCUUCUCCGACGGUUUUAACUUCUACUCGAAGUGCGAAUUCUAACCAUGUCCAAGACGGAAGACCGAACCCCCCGACUUAGAAUUCAAAUAUAACCUCAUUCAUUUGCGGGGCACGAGUGAAUACUAUUUGGAUAAAUGUUGUGAAAAGAAGUUGUAUAUUGUUACUCGUCGUGAAUCUCUCCCUCUCGAUUCCUGGAAAAGGAAGAAAAGUAUGACUUUAACACGACCGCAGGUUAAUGUCGUUCCGAUCUGUAAUACUAUCGCGUGCAUUACUUUUCUUAUUGCAGGUUCCCCCCCUCUCCCAGUUGGUGGAUCUCAGAAAUUGGGGGUUUGAGGGAGAUGAUUCUUUAUCUUAAUAACUAUUGAUUGAAUGACUCCUCAAAGAAAAAAGAGUCCCUUAGCUUUGAUCUGGGGAUUGGAAUGGAUUGUGUACCAUA